CUCACACUCCUCACUGGGCUUACUUUCACACCCCAAAAACUCUAAUGGAAAAUUGCAGAAGGUCUCCAUUGAAGCCGUGGAAGAAAGGUCCAACAAGAGGCAAAGGCGGUCCUCAAAAUGCCAUGUGUGAGUACCGAGGGGUUCGUCAAAGAACAUGGGGCAAAUGGGUGGCAGAAAUAAGAGAACCCAAGAAGAGAACCAGACUAUGGUUGGGUUCUUUUGCCACUGCUGAAGAAGCUGCUAUGGCCUAUGAUGAGGCUGCAAGAAGAUUGUAUGGACCGGAUGCUUAUCUUAAUCUACCUCACCUUCAGUCUAACUUUAAUCCUCUAAACAAAUCACAGAAGCUCAAAUGGAUUCCUUCCAAGAACUUCAUUUCCAUGUUCCCUUCUUGUGGGCUGCUUAAUAUACAUGCACAGCCUAGCGUUCAUGUCAUCCAUCAGCGGCUCCAAGAACUCAAGAAUAACAGGCCCCUUCAUCAAUCCUCUGUCGCUUCUAGUUCUUCCUCCUCUGAAUCCAGAAAUGAAGUGAUGAUUGUAAGUGACGAAAACGUAGCAAAUCUCGCCGUAGCAGAGAAAGAUGUGGAAAUAUCAUCAGAGAAGAUGCUGAUAAGAAAUCAUGACGAGAAACCACAGAUUGAUCUGAACGAGUUCCUUCAGCAGCUGGGCAUACUGAAAGAAGAGAAACAGCCAGACAGCAAUGAUGUCGAAGAAUGUCUCACGGUGCCAGAAUCUUCACAAAAAUAUGAAAACGAACUUGCAGCAUUGGCAGACAAGAGUUUCAAUUGGGAUUCACUGAUUGAAAUGCAUGGAAUUACAGAUCAUCAAGCAGCAGAAUUAAAUAGUUUUCCAGUUUAUGACGUCCAAGAUGAGCCGGCUUUCCCAACUUCCAUUUGGAACUUCUAGGAGGAUAAAAUGAUUUAGGGAGAGUGCAAGCUAGCUUUGCUGCUUGCUUGUUUGGAACUAGAAUGUCUGCUUUCACAUAAUAAGGCCAUACUUAGAUUGUUCUAGAUCUACUGCCAUUUGAAUUGCUCUAUGAUAGUCGUUACUUCUGUUCA